GCCCCGGCUGCAUUGCUGCGCUCCCGGUACCCAGGGGAGCCACGCGCCGCGUGCGCCCGGCAGCCGGCCGCCCGGAGGCAGCGCAGUCCGCUGGCAUGGGCCCCGGGGGCGCCCGGGGCUGAGGCUCUGGGCUGAGGCGCUGAAAGCCGCCCUCUCGUCAGCGGGGCCCUGCGCCCGGCCCGCCCGACCGCCCGCGGCCAUGGCCGUCCGGCCCGGCCUGUGGCCAGCGCUCCUGGGCAUAGUCCUCUCCUCCUGGCUCCGCGGCUCCGGUGCUCAGCAGAGUGCCACGGUGGCCAACCCCGUGCCCAACCCAGUGCCCGGCUCCAACCCAGACCUGCUUCCCCACUUCCUGGUGGAGCCGGAGGAUGUGUACAUCGUUAAGAACAAGCCGGUGCUGCUGGUAUGCAAGGCCUUGCCCGCCACACAGAUCUUCUUCAAGUGCAACGGGGAGUGGGUGCGCCAGGUGGACCACGUGAUUGAGCGCAGCACCGACGAGACCAGUGGACUGCCUGCCAUGGAGGUCCGCAUCAAUGUCUCUAGGCAGCAGGUGGAGAAGGUGUUUGGGCUGGAGGAGUACUGGUGCCAGUGUGUGGCAUGGAGCUCCUCAGGCACCACCAAGAGUCAGAAGGCGUACAUCCGCAUUGCCUAUUUGCGCAAGAACUUUGAGCAGGAGCCGCUGGCCAAGGAGGUGUCCCUGGAGCAGGGCAUCGUGCUGCCCUGCCGCCCGCCAGAGGGCAUCCCCCCAGCAGAGGUGGAGUGGCUCCGGAACGAGGACCUGGUGGACCCGUCCCUGGACCCCAAUGUGUACAUCACUCGGGAGCACAGCCUGGUGGUGCGACAGGCCCGCCUGGCCGACACAGCCAACUACACCUGCGUGGCCAAGAACAUCGUGGCUCGUCGCCGCAGUGCCUCUGCUGCCGUCAUUGUCUACGUGAACGGUGGGUGGUCGACGUGGACCGAGUGGUCCGUCUGCAGCGCCAGCUGUGGGCGCGGCUGGCAGAAAAGGAGCCGGAGCUGCACCAACCCGGCGCCUCUCAACGGGGGUGCCUUCUGUGAGGGGCAGAAUGUCCAGAAAACAGCCUGCGCCACCCUGUGCCCAGUGGAUGGCAGCUGGAGCCCGUGGAGCAAGUGGUCGGCCUGUGGGCUUGACUGCACCCACUGGCGGAGCCGCGAGUGCUCUGACCCAGCGCCCCGCAAUGGAGGCGAGGAGUGCCACGGCGCCGACCUGGACACCCGCAAUUGUACCAGCGACCUCUGCGUGCACACUGCUUCCGGCCCGGAGGACGUGGCCCUCUAUGUGGGCCUCAUAGCCGUGGCUGUGUGCCUCCUCCUGCUGCUGCUUGUCCUCAUUCUCGUGUAUUGCCGCAAGAAGGAGGGACUGGACUCAGACGUGGCCGACUCGUCCAUCCUCACCUCAGGCUUCCAGCCUGUUAGCAUCAAGCCCAGCAAAGCAGACAAUCCCCAUCUGCUCACCAUCCAGCCCGACCUCAGCACCACAACCACCACCUACCAGGGCAGUCUGUGUCCCCGGCAGGAUGGGCCCAGCCCCAAGUUCCAGCUCACCAACGGGCAUCUGCUCAGCCCGCUGGGUGGUGGCCGCCACACGCUGCACCACAGCUCACCCACCUCCGAGGCUGAGGACUUCGUCUCCCGCCUCUCCACCCAGAACUACUUCCGCUCCCUGCCCCGCGGCACCAGCAACAUGGCCUAUGGGACCUUCAACUUCCUCGGGGGCCGGCUGAUGAUCCCUAAUACAGGUAUCAGCCUCCUCAUCCCCCCAGACGCCAUACCCCGAGGAAAGAUCUAUGAGAUCUACCUCACGCUGCACAGGCCAGAGGACGUGAGGUUGCCCCUAGCUGGCUGUCAGACCCUGCUGAGUCCCAUCGUUAGCUGUGGGCCCCCCGGAGUGCUGCUCACCCGGCCAGUCAUCCUUGCCAUGGACCACUGCGGGGAGCCUAGUCCCGAGAGCUGGAGCCUGCGCCUCAAAAAGCAGUCCUGCGAGGGCAGCUGGGAGGACGUGCUGCACCUGGGCGAGGAGGCACCCUCCCACCUCUACUACUGCCAACUGGAGGCCGGCGCCUGCUACAUCUUCACGGAGCAGCUGGGCCGCUUCGCCCUGGUAGGAGAGGCCCUCAGUGUGGCCGCAGCCAAGCGCCUCAAGGUGCUCCUAUUUGCCCCCGUGGCCUGCACCUCCCUCGAGUACAAUAUCCGAGUCUACUGCCUACAUGACACCCACGAUGCACUCAAGGAGGUGGUACAGCUGGAGAAGCAGCUGGGAGGACAGUUGAUCCAGGAGCCCCGCGUCCUGCACUUCAAGGACAGUUAUCACAACCUGCGCCUCUCCAUCCACGACGUGCCCAGCUCCCUGUGGAAGAGCAAGCUCCUCGUCAGCUACCAGGAGAUCCCCUUUUAUCAUAUCUGGAACGGCACGCAGCAGUACCUGCACUGCACCUUCACCUUGGAGCGCGUCAGCCCCAGCACCAGCGACCUGGCCUGCAAGGUGUGGGUGUGGCAGGUGGAGGGCGAUGGGCAGAGCUUCAACAUCAGCUUCAACAUCACCAAGGACACGAGAUUUGCUGAGCUGCUGGCCCUGGAGAGUGAAGGGGGGGUCCCAGCCCUAGUGGGCCCCAGUGCCUUCAAGAUCCCCUUCCUCAUUCGGCAAAAGAUCAUUACCAGCCUCGACCCACCCUGUAGCCGGGGUGCCGAUUGGCGGACUCUGGCCCAGAAACUCCACCUGGACAGCCAUCUCAGCUUCUUUGCCUCCAAGCCCAGCCCCACAGCCAUGAUCCUCAACCUGUGGGAGGCACGGCACUUCCCCAACGGCAACCUCAGCCAACUGGCUGCAGCAGUGGCCGGACUGGGCCAGCCAGAUGCUGGCCUCUUCACGGUAUCGGAGGCCGAGUGCUGAGGCCAGCGAGGCCCACAACGCCUACACUCUCACCAGCUUUGGCACCCGCCAGGGACAGGCAGAAGCCAGACAAGGCCCUUCCCCUACACCGGGGAGAGCUGUGUGGACAGGCCUCCUCCUGGGGGAUGCUGUCCCCCAACUCUGGCCCUUCAGACCCUGCCCGCACUCCCUUCCCUCCAUGGCCUGCCUGGCCAGGCUGGCACUGCCACCUGCUCCAACUCUGCCCUGGCCCCCAGGACCCAGGGUGGACAGUGCCUGGAGCCCGGGCGGGGCCCAGCCCCUCUGUGUGUGUGUAUGCGCGUGUGAUGCUACCUCUCCUCCUGCCCCAGCCAGGGGGCCGCAUACACACAGGCAUGUUCGCACACGAUGGGCUUGGGACGCGGCCCCCGGAGCUCCUGCCUGAGCCGGACCUUAUGCAAACAUUUCUGUGCCUGCUGGGUAGGGGCACAUCUGAGGGGCCCGGUUCCAAGCCUGUGGGACCAAGGGCCACAGCUGAACGGGGAGGCGGCCCCUGGAUUCAGGCACACGACCACCACACGGGCCUGUGCCCACGCAUGUCCCGUGUGCUCCUGUCACACAUAUCCCCCCACACAUGCAUCUCAUGCUGUACACCUGGAGGCCGCUCACGUCUCUCACGCCUGGUGUCGGUCCACACCUGGUGUCGGUCCACAUCUGCCUCUCACAUGCUGCCCUCCUCCCACCCACCCAGGGACACCCAACGGC